AAAUAAAGAAAAAACAUUUACGCGGCACCGUUUGGCUUUGCGUGCUGUUUCCAGUCGGAACUAUUUUGGUAACGCUCCGCCGGUGGUGCGGCACUCCAAGCACAGCUGCAUCUGCUUACCACCUCUGCUCUGAAACAUUGCGGGUAUUUCUACCUGCUGGAGGGAUGUUGGGGCGACAGUCGAUUUUAUGAGACUCAGUGACUAAACUACAUUCAUUUGUUUUUUUUUUCGUUUUUUUUUUUUUUUUUUUUUUUUACAAAUGUUUAUUUCAAGACAACCGCGCUCGUAAUGUCCGCUUUUAUCAAAUAAUAAAUUAUUAAACUUAGGUUUUUGGGUCAUGUAAAAGAAAAAUGGUUCCUUUAAAGCGGAGGAAAGUCGCCAACUCGGGCACUCUGAACGCUGGCACACACAAUAGCGCAGCAACACAGCCAAACAAGUUCCCUCAAGUUAUUUUAUUCUUAUUGGAAAGGAAAAUGGGAGCCAGUCGAAGAGCUUUUCUCUCUCAACUCGGACGGAGGAAAGGAUUUCAAGUGGAGGAACUGUUCAGUAAAAACGUGACGCACGUUAUCUGUGAGAGCAACACUGCACAGGAGGCCAGGAUGUGGCUGGAGGCUCAGGGAGCAGGGCAGGCAGGGCGCCACCUGCUGGACGUCAGCUGGUACACAGAGAGCAUGCGUGACGGACACCCAGUGGAGAUACUGGACAGACAUAAGCUACAGGAGUUUGCAGUGAAUGACUCUGAGGUUACUCCCUUCUCCGUUCCCGGCUACGCCUGUCAGAGGAGGUGCACCCUAGAAAACCACAACGCUGUCCUGACUGAUGCUCUAUCGCUUCUGGCUGAAAACGCAGAGCUGAGCGACGAGGACGGCAGAGGCGUGGCGUUCCGCAGGGCGGCCGCCGUGUUGAAGGCACUUCCCUCCGCUGUCACUAAUAUGUCCCAACUCACAGGCCUGCCCUGCCUGGGAGGACACUCACUCAGAGUAAUCAAAGACAUUUUGGAGAACGGAACAUCAAGUGAAGUUGAAUCCACUAAGGAGUCUGAGCGGUUCAAAGCAUUAAAGGUGCUGACGGGUAUUUUUGGAGUCGGGUCAAAGACCGCGGACCGAUGGAUCCGAGAGGGGAUCCACAACCUGCAGCAACUGAGAGACUCGGGGCAAACGCUCAACCGUGCUCAACAAGCAGGUCUGGAGCACUACGACGACAUCAAGCAGCCGGUCAGCCUGGCGGAGGCUGAAGCCAUCAGGGGGAUUGUGGGAAGAGCCGUCGCCUCCGUCUCACCAGAGGCUCAGAUUGUUCUCACAGGAGGAUUCAGAAGGGGGAAGCUAACGGGUCACGAUGUUGACUUCCUGAUUACUCACCCUGAGGAGGGCAGUGAGGUGGGACUGAUGCCCAAACUGGUGUCCUGGCUGGAGUCACGGGGCCUGCUGUUGUACCAGAAGACCACCAGGAACUCCUACUUGGAGUGUAGCGAGGGUCCGGGCCGGCCCCCCUCCAACAUCGAUCGCUUCGAGAGAUGCUUGUCCAUCUUCAAGCUGUCGGCAGGACAAACAGGAAGCGGUGUCCAGUCAGACGAAACCACAGCAUCUCCAUCGACCACAGAGAGACGGUGGAGAGCGGUCAGACCCCAUCUGAUGAAGGGAGUCGCAGUGCCUGCUCAUCCACUGGGACCGGUCUCGCUGGCCCCCAUCAAAGCCCGGGGAGCCUUUGAUGAGGUUGAUAGGGAUCAAUGGGACGAGGGUAGAGGCCUUAACUGA